AUGGCGACGGAAGAGAGAGCGAAGGGAUACCAAGGGGGAGCAGGAGCAGGAGGCAAGUUCAGGAAACGCCUCUUUCGCGGCAGGACCCAAACGAAGCCGUACGAUCGCCCCCCAACCUCACUCAGAAACCCUAACAGGCACAACAACAGCGGCGGUUGGUUCUCCAAGCUUCUGGAUCCCGCUCACAGGUUAAUCACUCACAGUGCUCACUCUCUCUUUUCCUCCCUUUUCCGCAAGCGCCUUCCUCCUCCUUCAGAAACGGAACAGGAGGCGAGGAACAGUCGUCAGGAAGAGGCUGCUUUUAGCAUUGGAGCUGCAAUGCUCCAAAUCGACAAUUCCUCUGGCAUGCAACAAGGACAUGUUGGUGAAAGUGGUACUCAAAUUAAUUGUUCCGCUGACGGUGGAUUAACUGAACUUGAGAAACUAUUAAAGCAGAAGACUUUCAGCAGUUUAGGAUCUAAGCCCUUCUCCCAUGUGCUUCCACUGCCUGAUAGAUAUUACACUUCAAGAUCUGAGAUUGAUCAUUUGACAGCACUUAUGCGAUCAAGAACUGUGGAUGCACCUGUUAGGGAAGAAGAGAAGGGGACUGACAGGGUUACCUCCGAACCAAUGCUGCUAAGUGGACAAAAGGAGUAUCCCAAAACACCUGUACCAGAAAAUGGGACUGAAAAUGGUCUUACAGUAACCCCACAUGUUAUUUCAAGUUUCUCUAUUGAAGAUGUUGCUUCACCUGCGGAGCUAGCAAAGUCUUACAUGGGUAGCAGGCCUUCCAAGGUAUCCUCUUCGAUUUCAGGUGUGCAAACUUUUGCACUCAGGGAGGAUCCAACUCUUUUAAACAGUGAAAAAUUUCCUCCUAAAUCUCCUAUUAUGACCAUUGUGCCAAGGACUACUAGAUAUGCUGCAGUUCAUGAGAAUGGUUUUAUGACCUCAAGAUCACGUGGAAGAUCUGCAAUAUAUAAUAUGGCUCAAACACCUUAUGCCCGAAAUUAUCCAACAUCCAUUCUCAAGGGUGGUGAACAUGUUGUUGAAGGUGAGCCAUCAUCUUCUAGUCAGCCUGCAUUGAAUCAUGAUGUGCUUUCUGGAUCUAUACCUGGGGCAGUAAAACGUAGAAGUUCAUUAUUGGAUAAUGAUAUAGGAUCUGUUGGUCCUGUUCGACGAAUUUGUCAGAAGUCUAAUCUUCUAUAUUCUAAAGGCUCAAGCUCACUGGGUAGCUAUUUGUCUGUCGAUAGGUAUCAAAUGGUUGUGGAUGCUGGACAGAAAGGGUUUUCCAUGCAAAAGCCUAUUCCGCUGGAUGAGGUUAAGCAUAGCCAUAUGAAAUUAUCCAAAGAAAAUGUCCAUGACACUAUACCUAGUUUGAGCUAUCCCCCGGUGCCCUCAAAAUCCAGUGAAAUGACUUCAAAAACACUGCAACAACUGGAUAAGUUGGUUUCUCCAAAAGAAAAAUCAUGUGAAUCAACGCUAACUAUUGUGAAUGAUAAUUCACUGACAAAGUUGUCGCCUUCCAUGUUACGUGGACAGGCUCUUCGAAGCAUGGAAAUUGUAGAUUCAUCAAAAUUGCUGGACAAUAUACAUGGUAACAACAUAGAUGGCCCAUUUGGAAAUUUUUUUGCUGGUGCUCAGAAUCAGAAGUUAAAAUCUCAGAGAGACAAGGUUGAAAAUGGUUCGCUGAAGCUUGUUGCUCCUUCCGAAGGAUUACUUCCACCUGUAACAAAUGCAGAAACUACAUACCCAAGGAAUCAAGUCUUCUCAACUGCAAAAUCUGGGGAUUCUUUUAUGAUAAAACCUGUUUCUGAUCCACCACAAAAGAAGAGGGCAUUUCAUAUGAGUGCACAUGAGGAUUCUCUGGAUCUGGAUGAUGAUGCUUAUCCAAAUGGAACUGUCGAUUCUUUUUCUCCUCUACAGAAAGAAAUGACAAGCUCCACUGCUGUGAUGAGGAAAACUACUUCUGGUACCAAAGCAAUUACAAAGGAUAAUCCAUCAGCAUUAUCUAGAACAAUGGCACCUAAAAGUUCUACAAUAAAUGGUGAAGUUCAUAUUGGAACUACCAAUAAAUCGAUGGUCAGUGAGAAUGUUGAUGCCUCUAUCUCUACGACAUCAUCUAGCCUUGAUCCAACCUACAAGCCAGUUGCAGCUGCUACCCCAAAUGGAUCAAUUGCUAAACCUCCCUUGUUUUCUCUUGGGAAUAAAGUGGUUUUGUCGAGAGAGUUUACAGCUCCUAGUGUUCCACCAAAGGAGAUAACCAAAUCAGGUCCUGCAUUUGGGUUGGAAAAUGUUGUUUCAUCAAAGAAACAGCCUGUUGCUGAUGCUCCAUUGGUGGAAUUUAGCUCCAAUAAAAAUGUCAACAAGGUUCCACCAAUGCUAUUCACAACUUCAUCAUCAGUUGGUGGUGAUCCCUCUUUUCUGAAAUUUGGUGCUUCUGACUCAAACCUGGGAAGUUCAAUCAGCACAACUAAUGUUGGUGGUGCGACUGAUUCUAUGCCAAUAGCUCGUGAAUCUGAUAAUGGUAAUGCUGAGAUUAAUAAAGAUACUGGAUCGUCUUUUAGGGCAUCCGAACUAGCAUCUGCAGCAUCAACAUCGGUAUUGACAUCAUCCAAGAGUAUAUUCAAUUUUGCCGACAAUUCAAAUCAAAAUAAUCGUUCUCUUUUUUCAAGUCCUUCAUUGUCUUCUUUUGCACCCCCUGUGUCCGGUAAUUUUACCAGUCAGAAUAUAUUCAGCAGUUUAUCUGCUGCCAAAAGCAGUGGCAUUAAUGCCACUGCAGAUUCUAAUGGCAGUAGCAUGGUAACUAUCACACUUGCCACAAUGGCAUCAAGUAAUAGCAGUUCAUCUACCGCAGUGGUGGCAUCUUCAUAUCCAACAACUUCAAUUUUCAAUUUUGGAUCCUCUCCAGUCCCUUCAACAGGUUUACCUGUAUCAUCUUCUGGUUCAGAUCCGCGGGAAACUAAAAGCAGUCAGGAUGCAGGAGUCGGUAACUCAGCUUCAGGGAGUAGUAUUUUUGGCUUCAGCUCUUCCGCAAUCACAACUGUAUAUAGCCAGCCGACUUCUGUGAUUGGUGCUAGCAGUGGCUCUGUGCCUGGUGCCCUGGGUUCUUCUACUACCAGUGCGUUAGAAGCCUGUACUCAGACCCAAUCAGUUCCAUUUGGUUCAUCUGCACUAUCCCAUUCAUAUGGGUUAACUGCUAACACAACUUUUUCUUUGAGCAGUUUUUCAUCGCCUUCAUCCAGCCCUGCAGAAAGUGCAGUUUUUUCUUCUGGGAGUUCAUUGUUUCCUUCAAGUCCUACCACCAAUGUUUUCAAUUCCGGCACAACUUUUGGACUCAGUACCUCGGCUUCCUCUUCCGCAGUAAACUCCUUUAGCUCCAAUAGUAGUUCAAGUUCUACUUUAUUUGGGUCUAGUUGGCAGCCCAGCAAGUCUCCAUUUGGUUCCUCAUUUAAUUUGUCCACGGCAUCCUCCUCUGGGUUUUCUCUUGGGACAUCCGCUGCCUCUGCCAAUUCACCAACAAUGAUUUUAUCUUCCUCCAAUGCAUCAACUACUCAAUUUUCAUUCACUUCAGCCACAGCAUCUACCUCAGCACAAAAUGCUUUUGGAAGUCCUACUCCCGCCUGUGUAUUUGGCUCAGCUCCUCUUAAUAAUCAGAUGAGUAUGGAAGAUGGUAUGGCUGAGGAUACAGUUCAAGGAGCUCCGCCUGCCACUUCUGUAUUUGGUCGGCAACCUGCCCCACUUCAAUCAAAUUUUGUAUUUGGAGCAUCAACUCCGCCAGCAGCCAGUCCUUUCCAGUUUGGUAGUCAACAGAAUAUUGCUCCACAGAACCCUUCUCCUUUUCAGGCUUCUAGCAGUCUAGGAGGGAGUUUCUCAUUGGGCUCAGGUGCUGGCGAUAAAUCUGGUAGAAAAAUUGUGAAAGUUAAACAUAAACCGAGAAAGAAGUAG